AUGCAUCCCACAGUUGACCUUGCUCGUAGCCCACUCUUCCAACUUCGAUCCGAUAGCCUCUCAUGGCAAGCCCGUAUCGCAUUAUCGUACGAUAGGGCCCGAGCCAUUGCCAAGAUAUAUGAACUCACCGUCGACGACAUCCUCCACGUAUCGCCUCGAUAUUGGCUAUUUCACACGGAUCCCAUUCUCGUUAUGGAUGGAUCUGUCGCAACCUUACUCACGAUUCACUUUAACCUUUGCAUCGGCACCUUGGCCAUGUUUGUUUCUGCGAGAUCCGAUUUGGUGAAGACCAUUGAAGAACUUCUACGCUUUGAGAUAACCGGGCAAUACUGUCUGACGGAGCUCGGGCAUGGUUUGGACGUGAUUAACCUUGAAACUACCGCCACCGCCCUAGAGACCGGUGGGUUCGAGCUUCACACACCUAACGAGCGGGCAGCAAAAUAUAUGCCUCCUACUAUUCCGAGCGGGAUACCUUGUACUGCCGUCGUCUUCGCUCGCCUACGGGUUGGGAUGUCGGAUCGAGGGAUCAAGCCAUUUCUUGUCCCAAUUCAUGACGGGAGAGUAAUGUACCCGGGAAUCACAUCCAGGUCACUUUCUCCUAGAGGCGGUACUCACCCAGUAAAUCACGCAUUGACCUCAUUCAAUCACGUUCAUCUACGCCAGUCCUCCCUUCUAUGCGACUCUCUACUCCCCUCCAAUGUCAAAACGGAGUUCUUCAAUAACAUCUCUCGUGUCGUCGUAGGUACCCUUUCGAUGGGUGCGCUAGGGGUGUCAGCGCUGCGUAUUGCGACUUUUGUUGCAGCCACGUAUAGCCAACGCAGGGCCGUUGUUGACUCCGCAAGACAAGUUCCUCGUACCAUCAUUUCCUUCAGUACACAAUAUUUGCCAAUAUUGGUCGCGAUCUCUCAGACGAUGGUUCUCAACACCUUCUCACAUGCUUCUCGGGACUGGUUCGUCGGAACUAGCAGUUCGAUUGCGCGACACUUUGUGGCUGCUGUCUACAAGGUCACCGCCGUAACGCUCGCAUCCGACAUGACUCUUGCUCUCGGCGACAGGUGCGGUGCACAAGGCUUGUUUGAAAUCAAUCAACUUUCUGUCUUACAUAGUGAGCUUCGAGGCGCAGCAACAGCAGAAGGGGAUAUUCUGGGGAUUUCAAUCCGUUUCGCGAUUGACGUUCUAUUAAAACGCGUCGUCGUCCCUCCUUCCACAGACCCUACAUCAUUAUUGGCUAGGCACGAGUCCUUGCUAGUCGCUGAAUUACGCGCUUUUUUGCAAGAUGCUACGGGGCCUCGCGAUAGGAGGACAGAGUCGGCGUUACUGCCUCAAUGCCAAGGACUGCUGGAGGCUAUCGGACAUCGUCUCGCAUAUGAUGCAGCGAAAGCACGGGGGAUAGAAGACGCAGUUUUGCAGCUUUAUGAGGCCAGUAUCGUGGCGUUGGACCCGGCUUGGUAUGUUGAGCAUGAAGGUAUCUCCCGCCGGAGACAGUGUACGAUGUUACUCGAGAGCGCGGACCACCUGUAUCCUAGGCUGGACGAGCUUUUGGCGGGGUUGCAAGUUGACGCGUACAUAACGGCUCCAAUAGUUUCAGAGGAGAGGUGGGAUGGGACACUAGUGUCGGCACGAACAGCGGUUGAGGUUUGGUCGUGA